AAAAUGUUUUAAAUCAUUCACUCUAGUAACUCUAAUAUAUGUUUACCGAGUUAUAAUAAUUUUUGUAGAGAACUCAGCACAACAAUCUGAGAUCCAUUUUCAAAUAAGCUGCUGUAAAUUGUUGCUUGUUUGCCUGUUUCUGCUCUAUGAAUGUACUCAUUUGCGUUAAAACAUUCCAGCUCCAGGUUUUGGAACAGGUACCAAUUAGGAUAAAAUUCAAAUAAGAUCGCUAAAUGCUGGUGAUAGAGCUAACUUCAUUAGAAAAAUAGUUUUCAUCCUUCCAGCCCUAAACCAAACACUUCCUCUAGUUUUUCUUUUAUUUGCAAAUUCUGGACCUGCAAGCCGCCGGGCCUAUUUAGCGACCGUGAACGGUCUCCUCCUUCAGCAACACAACUUUGGAAACUAGGGAAAAAAGGAAAACAAUUUCUUCAUCUCGCGAUAACAGCUCGCUGAAGCAGCCGCCAUAUUCUGUGACAGUAUUUUGAUUCGUAUCUGCUGGAAGUGAGGAAAAAGAGAAAAGUGAAGGGCUGCAGAGGGGAGGGGGGGCGAAGACGAGGAGCUGUCAAAAAGUUCUCCCGCAGUCUCUGUCACACAGCGGAGGGCUGUGGCUCGGCUUUGACUGCGCUCCUUGCUGUUUCGAGGACACAGGCCCGGGGCCUCGGUGUUGUUAGUUCUUCUCCCAGUCAGCGCCUGGACCCCAUACGGCUUCUCCUCUCCCAGCUCCACGGCCCUUCGGAGGUCCGGCUGCGGUGUCGGGUGUUGAAGACGGCCCGGGGAGCGGCGGCAGAGACUGGAAGGUCAGAUGUUCAGAAUGAGGGUGGAUUUCUGCCACAACUGAUGCUCCAGUCUGCUGAACUGAACAAUCAGUCCUGAGCUGGUACCAUACGAAUGGCCCAGGGAAGCCAGCAGAUUGACAUUCAGGUUUUGCAUGACCUGCGCCAGAAGUUCCCUGAAGUCCCAGUAGGUGUCGUCUCUCAGUGCGUUCUGGAGUGCAACAACAAUUUAGACGCCUGUUGCAAAUACUUGUCCCAGGUCAGUCCAGGCUACCUUUACAGUGACGACGGCAAUCUGAGCUUUUCUGAGGACCCCAGCUUCGCCCGGCUCCAGAAGCACAUGACCCAGCUGAACCUGGGCUUGCAGUCUCAGAAUGUGCAUGUGGCCCCAGUUCAGGACGGCCUGAGAAUGAAUGGCAGCCGGACUCUGGCCCACAGCAUGAGUGACGGGCCCCUCCAGACAGGCCAGGCCCCCAACAGUGACUUUUUUCCGCACGAGCCCCAGUCAGCCCCAGUGCAGGUACCCUCCACUCUCAAUGUUUUUAAUGUGAUGGAGCCAUCACGUAAACCGCAGCCUCCACAGAACCUUGCACUCUACACUCUAGGACCGAAAGGACCGAGUGUGGGUCCGCAGCAAACCCCACGCUUCAACCCCAUUACAGUGACACUAGCCCCAAAUCUCCAUUCAGGCCGCAACACCCCCACUUCUUUACACAUACAUAGUAUGCCACAGUCAGGCCUGGGUAGUCCACAGGGCAACUCCAUCUUUAUCCGGCCGUAUGUUAGCCAGUCCAGCACGACCCGGCAGAGCCAGCAGCCAGGUGGGCGGGCCCAGUACAGCCCCACUUCUCAGCCCCAGCAGCAGAUCUAUCAGAUCUCCCAUCCCUCCCCCAUUCCUAGCUCGCGGUCUGUCCCCCUGCACUCCUCCUCACAUACCUCAAGGACCUCUCACGUCUACAUGCCUAUUAGUUCCCCCACUAAUCCCCAGGCGCCUGCUAUUCCUUCCAGUGGAAGCAUGGCUUCUUCCUCUAGUGUCUCUUCUUGUCCCCCUUCAUCCUCCUCCUCUGUCAUGCCCUGCUCCAUGUCAGCUGUCAGCCAGUACAACAUCCAGAACAUCUCCACUGGCCCUCGGAAAAAUCAGAUUGAGAUCAAACUUGAAUCUCCUCAAAGGAGCAAUUCCACCACAGCUGUGCUGCGGACAAGCAGCGGGCCCUGGUCAUCCUCCUCCUCCUCAGCCUGCCCUUCUUCAUCUUCCUCUUCAACCGGAGUGGCCACUGUAUCCAGCACCCCUCUGUCCAUCGGAGGGCCCGGCUCAAGCCGCAACCAGCCAACUGUUUACAUCUCUGCCAGCCCGCCCACUGCUGCUACAACCCCGUCAGAGGAGACUAUCAUGGCCCCGCCAGGUUCCCGCUCCCAGCCCAAGUUUUACAUUUCUGCAAGUGAUGAUAGUGGAGCCAGAAACCCUCCUACAGUCUACAUCUCAGCUAACCCUCAAAUACAGGGGCCUUCGGGAGCCAGGAACAUGGGGGGGCAAGUGAGCAUGGGGCCUGCCUACAUUCACCACCACCCACCUAAGACUCGUCCCUCUGUGGGAGGUGGAGGCACCGCUUCUUCACCUCGCGUGGUAGUGACUCAGCCCAACACCAAAUAUACUUUUAAAAUCACUGUCUCUCCUAAUAAACCUCCAGCUGUGUCUCCCGGAGUCGUGUCCCCAACCUUUGAGCCCAACAACCUCCUCAGCCUGCCGUCAGACCACCACGUUGUGGAGCCAGAGCCCCUGCAUCUGUCCGACCCGCUGUCACCGCACAGAGAGCGGCCAAGCGAGCCGCGCAGACUCAGCACGGGUUCCGAGGAUGCAGCAUACACACAAGCGUUGUUGGUUCAUCAGAUAGCUCGAAAGGACAGGCUGGAGCAUAAGUUGGAAAUGAAGAAGAAGAAGCUGGAGAAGCUAAAAGAAGAAGUUAAUGAAAUGGAGAAUGACCUGACCAAGAGAAGGCUGGAGAGGUCCAACUCAGCCUCCCAAAUUCCUUCUAUUGAUGAAAUGAAGAACCUGCGAUGCAGAAACAGAACACUGCAGAUUGACAUUGACUGCCUUAGCAAAGAAAUUGAUCUCCUUCAAACAAAUGGACCGCACUUCCACAGGCCAAGCAACCUACAGAGGUUCAGGGAGGAUGUGCUGCCCCUCUUUCAGAAAUGUUUCAUUGGACCACAUUUAAAUCCCAGUGUAAUCCAUAAUUUUUAUGACAACAUUGGAUUCCUUGGUCCUGUCCCACCCAAACCCAAAGGUACUUCGUCUGUUGAUCCAGGAAGUAAGAUUGUGAAGCCCACCCCUGAGCAGGAGGAAGAUGAGGGCACCCAAUGGAACUGCACAGCCUGCACCUUCCUCAACCACCCUGCCCUCAACCGCUGUGAACAAUGCGAGUUCCCGCGGCACUUCUGAGCCAACGGGGCGCAGCGCCCUUCCUCUGCACACCUGACGUCUCACAGAUUCGAGCAGACAAGACUUCUGUUUCCUUUUGCUUUUGGUUGAUAGAGAAAACGGAUGGCUGGCUGUCGUCGUAAAUCCUGCAGCCUAUUUUUUCCCAGUUUUUAAUUUUCUUUCCUGUUCUCUAAGGUUAGUGUAAUUCUGUCCACUGAAGGCCUGACUGGAUAGUGUUUACAGCUCAUGUUUGUUCCCAACAGUCGGAUGAUACCUCACCUUAGAAAAUGGGAUCAUGUUACCCUUUUCUGCUCGUUGGGUGACACUCUACCCCUGAGGAUAGUUCGCUGCUUCCACUCACAGUAUUAUGAGCAUGGCCCUGCAGUGACAGCACACAUUUGCACACAUGCACUAACAAUCCAGGUGCCAGUGUGCCCUUCCCUUAUUGCAUAUUUGAGUUUUUUCUUCCUCCGUGAUGGCCUGACCUGGUGAUGGGAACUGUGCUAAGCCACUGAAGGAAAAAGACUACUCAUGAACUUGGUUUGCUGUUUCUAGAGGAUGCCAAAGGGCAAACGGCCACUGUUGCUGCCAUGUUUCUGUUCUUAUUAUUGUCUCCUCAGUGCCCCCUUUCUGUCUUUUUAGUCAUGGCUCAAUGAAAAAUGGUAAAACAAGUUGCAUGCUUUGUGUACAGUACAUUGAAGCAGAAGCUUUCCUUGAGCUCUUUGCUGUACAUAACUUUAGAAUGUGCUUUUAAACCUUUCUCCUCACACUAUGAAUCACGUGUAUUUCCUGUAAGUAUAGCUUUAUAGACUUUUAUCAACAAUUUUGUUUGUUUCAUUAAACAGACAAGCACCAUGCUCCAUUUUUAAGCUUUUUACUUGAUAUCUGUGAGAGCUGAAGCUUUGCAGAAGAAGACGAGCAGAGCUGGUAAAACCCUCACAGUCAUCAUGAAGCUACACGUGUCGGUCCGUUCAUCGCUUGUGUAUUUGCUGAGUUUCCUGUGUACGAUCUGUUGAUGUAAAGGCGAUGGACAAGUUUUUGUUGUUUUUGUUUUGUUCUUCAGGACAUAUUGGGGACUUUCUAGGGUUGGGGUGGAAGAGCUGGGUGUCAAAUAAAAAAGAAAAAGAAAAUGACAAACUGCCAUCCUAUCUGACAACUGGAAUGUAGGAUUGAUGUUUGGGGACAACUACACCUCAGUGCGAAGAGACUCAUUUUGUAACACACCAAGAUUGAUUUCCAAGUGCUCAAGGAAAAGCCUAUUGGAUUUGAAGUUCCCAUGCAGCCAUGUGCCUGAGUGGAGCUUCCAGAGUUUAAAAAUGAACUGGUGUUGGAUUAAAGUGUCUUUCCUCUGUUUGAAUGAUUCCUCUGUGACCCUUGUGCCUUAUACACAGGUUAGAAUUGUUACACCCCCUCACAAUGUAAGCACAUGAUUGUCCACUCUGUAUUUCCUUAUUUUUAUUGGCUCAUUUUAUCCUCUUAACUUUUUAUCAAAGAGGGAGCUUCUAAAGUUUACUCAAUGUGAUUAAGAUAUAGUAACCUUGAAAUAGUUACUUUUAAGCUUUUCCUUGUUUUUUGAACUGGUGCCUUGCAGUAGUGCCUUUUGAAUUUAUAUUGACAAUCUCAGUAAAAUUUCAAGUGCCAUUUUUUUCAAACCAAAUUCUUAGUAUUAUGUAAUCCCAUUUAGAAGUAGAAGAUGAAUUAUUGUCUCUUUAGCACUUACAUCAUUGUUCUUCCUUUUCCAACCCAAAGAAUCCAGUUUUCAGCUUUAUCUGCACCUUGGUGUGAAGAGGCAGUUUAUUCAUGUUUUAUUAAACGGAGGAAAAAGUAAUUUGGAUAUCUAAAAUAUUCUUUGGAUUUUAGCUGGGAAAACUGUCUUUGUAACAGAUAAGUUAUUUGUAAAAAUAAAAAAAAAUCUAUUCUGAA